AUAAAGUCAGUCUGAUCGCAGCCAGAAGACUUCAGGACACUUUAAACUGAACUAAAGUGUAUUUCCGGCAGCAGGAUGGGCUCCAGCAGCUCCAGCAUGGAAAACAUCCCGAACGCUGAGCGGCUGAUGCAGGAAACGGGCUUUUCUGCUGCUCACAUCCUGAAUCUGUACGAGAGGUUUGAGUUUCUGGACAGAGACGAGAGAGGAGAGCUCAGGCCUGAGGAUUUCGGAGCACUUCGAGAGUUGGCCAUGAAUCCCAUCGGAGACAGAAUCAUCAGCGCCUUCUUCAGGCCGGGAAUGGAAACGGUGGACUUUCCCUCCUUCGUUCGAGUUCUUGCUAAUUUCCGUCCGACAGAAACCAACAGAGCCAGAGACUACAGCAGGAUCAGGAAACUCAGAUUUGCUUUCCAGUUGUAUGACCAAGACAGCGAUGGAAAGAUUUCCAGAGAAGAGCUUCUUCAGGUUCUGCGCUCGAUGCUGGGGACGCAGGUGACGGAGGAGCAGCUGCAGAGCAUCGCUGAACGAGCCAUCCAGGAGGCGGACCUCGACCAAGACGACGCUAUCUCCUUCGACGAGUUCAAAAAGUCACUGGAGAAAGUAAACAUCGAACAGAAGAUGAGCAUUUGCUCCCUGAGAUGAAGACGAGCUGCUAUUUACAGAUUUUCCUGAUUUGCAUUUAAAAGAAGAUGGUCUACUGCUUGUUUUGUCUCUAAAAACUGAGAGAGGAGAAGAUGGAGAUGACCCUCAUGUACAGAAACUCAAAGUUGUAAACCAUUAGUAGUGUUAGUAGUAUUUGUCCCCGAGGGGGAAAUGGGUUGCAGCACAUCACAAGGCAUUUAAAAAGAUAAAACAUACGUCAAAGACAACAACAUAGACACAGAUUAAAAAGAACAGACAUAAAAAAGAAACUGAUAUCGGCAGACAUGACAAGGCACCUAGGUCCUCAUUUACGAGAGAGGGGGGGACAGUGCCAGGCCAGCUGGGUAAACAGUGCGUCCUAGCCUUCAUUGAUUAAGGAGUUUGAUGGCUUGUGGGACGAAAGCCAGCGUAGAUCUGUUAUUUUUAAUUAAACAGAGGGGCACGAUAUCUCCGCCCGGAUGGCAACAGUUCAAAUUAAGAGGCAAGUGGGUGCCUCAGGUCACUCACAAUAUUGUGUGCCAUUUUAAAAACGCUGUCCUUGUAUAAGCUUUCUAUAGAAAAUGAGAUUCCUGACAAUUUACUGGACAAUGUUACGGCCCUCCUGACUGACUUUGUCUGUGCCUCAGGGGCGUUGCCGAACCAGCAUAAGAUGCCGAAGGAGAGCACACUUUCAAUAAAAGCAUGAUAAAACAUCUUAACCAUUCUGUUGCCGACAUUAAAAGACAAUAAUUUACGUACAAAGAACAUUCUUUGUUGAGACGUAGCAUUAACUUUCUCAGAGCAUUAACUUUUUUGCAGGUCUCCCUUGAAAAAGAGAUCUAUGAUCUCAAGGGACCAAUCUGGUUAAAUAAAGGUUUGAAAUUAAAUGAAAUGAGACCAUACAUCCCAUCUGAGCUUGUGGUCAAGCACGACCCCAAGAUACUUGUACUCAGUGACACAUUGUAUAGGCUCCCUAUUUAAAAGAGUAGGGUUGGGGGAUUGUGCUAUUAUACAAUCAAUUUCCAUCUCCAUUAUAUCUGUUUAUCAAAAUAUAACAUUCUGACCUGAUGGUGGCACCAGAAAAGAAGUAAGGGCGAUUCUUGACGGACAGCAAAAAAGUCCGAUAUUAUACAAUCAAACAAAUAAAUAAAAACAAGGAUAAUUGUG